AUGGCGGCCGUGCCGGAGCGGCCGCGGCUGUGGCAGGAGGCGGCGGCGCUGGCGGGCGCGGUGCGCGGCGCGCUGGGGCCGCGGGGCGGGCGGGCGCUGCUGCUGCGGCCCACGGGGGAGGCGGUGCCGACGCGGGACGGGCGGCGGCUGCUGGAGGCGCUGAGCGUGGAGCCGCCCGCGGCCAGGGUGAUGGCGGCCCGCGCCUGCGGCUUCCGCGCCGCGACGGGGGACGGCGCAAAGAGCUUCGUGGUGCUGCUGGCGGCCGUGCUGGGUGGGCUGCGGGCGGCGGGCGGCGGCGCCGGGCUGCGGCGGGCGCUGCGGGACUUUGAGGCCCAAGUGCUGGAGCGAGCGGCGGCGAGGGGGCUCCGGCGGCACCUGCGGCCGGCGCCGCCCGGGUUGCUGGAGCCGCUGCUGGAGCCGUACCUUGCCGGCCGGCUGGGCCCCGGCGAGCGGCGGUGCCUGGCGCGGCUCUGCGCCGAGCUGUGCCGCCGCUGCGCCCCGGCCGCCGCCGCUCGCCCGCAGGCUCUGCGGCUCCUCGGCCGGCGGUUCGCGGAGCUGCACGCCACCGUGCCCGGCCUGCCCCUGGCGAGCUCCAGGGUCCUGCCCGGCAUCGUCCUCCGCAGGGACUUCGCUGCCUACUGCCCGACGGACGGGGAGCUGCGGGCCUUGCUCGUCACCGAGCCCCUGCGGCCCGCCCUGACGGCCCCCGGUGUCGAGUUUGUUGUAGACUCGGAAGGUCAGUAUCAGGCUUCCCUGCGCUGGAUCACUAAGAGGACAGAAGACUUGAUGAAACACUUGCAGAGUAACAACGUUAAGCUGUUACUGUCGAGUGCGAAACAAGAAGACGUAGUUAUCUACUUUGCCAAAUUAUACGGUGUGUCUGUGGUGGAGUGCUUAUCGUCAGAAGAAAUGGCGCUUAUCAGUGAAAUCACCGGUGUCUCCCCUUACGCGCCUUUUGGUGAUAACAUGGACAGAGAAAUAACCGAAACUGCAGUGGUGACGUUUUGCCAGCCCUUGCUGCUCGUCUCCAAGAGAUGCGUCCACAUUGGCUUCAGCAGUGUGUGUGCCUUCCAGCCCCAUUGCCUGAUCCUUUGUGGGCCGGUCGAUGGCGUUAAUGAGCAGCAUGCUGCUGCUUUACAAGAGGCGUUCACGAUGCUGCAGCAGCUGUUUAAAACAGUUGAUCAGAGGGAGGAAUGGAAAGCGGAAGGUGAAAGGCAGAGCGAAGCCUCAGAUGUUUGCAUUUGGCAUUAUUCUUCAGCUACUCAGAAACAGCUGAUAAUAGAAAGUACUGGUAAUAGUAACCAGGUUUCUGAAUGUCAGCUGAAAGCGCUUAGUGAUGAAAGAGAGAGAAAAAUUUUAGGCCCUGAUAAAAGUGAUCUGCUUGUCCGCAAUCAAAAGAGCCACAGCACUCCUGUGUCAGUGGCGCAUAACACUGAUCCAGUCAGUGCCUGUGAGUGCCUGCAUGUUGGCAAAGGUCUAGAGAAAACAUGUUGCCAUAUAGUUCCAUUUAAACAGAAGGAGAGUUGUGUGGGUAUUGCACAAGGUUACUCCAACUGCCUCAUAGAAGCAGGAUCAGUUUUACCAGUAGGAGGUUACUUUGAAAUCCUAUUACAUUAUUACAUUCAGGACUGUGCAAAACAGUGUCAGCAGUCAGAGGUAACCACUGUAUCUAACAUGGUUGCUGAUGCUUUGCUAAGUAUUCCCAAGGCCUUGUACCAGACCGUAGAACGAGAUGGGUUUACCUCAUUCUAUCUUGAAGCCAUUAAUUUACUUAGAAAAAAUCAGCCACUGCCUGUAAAUGAUGAAGGCUUAGAGUCAGUGUAUUGCAAAUACCAAUUAGUCAUUUCAGUUCUUCAUUGUGUUACAGAGCUUCUCUCCAUAGACUUAGUAAUUGAUAUUAGGAGGCCACUCCAGAAAAUUGAGGAUCAUGACUCAGAAGAUGACUCUUGAAAUCGUUAAUAAAGAAUGAUUUUGAUUA